CAAUGAACACGCAUCAUAAAUACACUUUAAAUACAAUUUAUAAACUCAAUAGAUCGAUAGAAUACCGCGUUAUUUACAACUUGGCCUACACGUUUUUAAUACUAAUUAAUUUUUAGUCAAGAUGCAAGUACAGUUGAAUAAGGCGUGCCUGGGAAAGGCCGGACACUCGAUUUUCCUGAAGAAACGCACACUCCAACCGGUUGUGAUCUCUGCGAAACGGUUUAACGCCAUUAUGGACCGAUCCCAAAUGGCCCAAAAGCAUGAGAAAUUGGCGGCAGAUGAUGAGGAACAUCGAUAUAUGCAGUAUCUGAAGGAGGGUAACGAUCAGUUGUGCAGUCAGUUCAAGAACAUGGGUCACAUGUCCCUCGAGGAGGAGAAACAGGCGAAACUGGAUCUGGAAAUAAAAGAAGAUGAAAUCAGAAGAAAGCAAGUCAAGAAGGAGGACGAACAGCAUCGCAAGGAACGCAUCAUGCGCGCAAAUCGCAUAUUGGAGAACCUGAAAUCGGGACAACGAUCCCUGCAUCACGCCCUGGUCGAGAGUGAGAUGACCUACCAGCGAAAGUUCAAUGAGAAUCUUAAUCGUGAGAUUGCCGAGGAUGCACUGCGUCAGCAGCGACUAGACGAGGCACAAUGUCCGCUGAUGUUGAUUCCCUUCUGUGGCGUCACCGAGGACCAGGAGAAAGCGGUGCAGGAGAAGAAAGCGCUCGCCAUUCGAGAACACUUCGUCAAGGAACUCGCCGAGAGGCAUCAGCAGCGACUUGACGAGAAGGAGCAAAAGGAUUCUGAAGUGAUCAUUGAACGGGCACAGUACAAAUGCCUGCAAGAUGUGGAAGAAAGACUCGCCAAGAAGCUGGCGGAAAGUAAACGCGAGUUCUGUCGUCGUGCCUAUCAGGAUGCGAUAAAGGAGAAGGCCGAGAGAGCGAAUUAUGAAAAUAUUUGCGACGCGAUCGACGAUCGUGUAAUUUGUGUUGAUCAGGUGAAGCGUCGUAAACUGGAUACGCGUUCGGGUCAGGAUAUCAAGGCGAUACGUGAGAAAGAAAUACGUGAUCGUGAAGCACUUGCCGUACAACUCUGCCGUGAGCAACAGGCGAAGAAGCGACAAGACGAGGAACAUCAACGUGAGCUUGUGGAACGCCAUGAUUCGGAGGUUCAAGCGGAUGAAACACGACGACUUUGUCGGUUGGAUGAGUUGCGCAAGGAACGCAUUGCCUACCAAAAGGAGGAGCGUAAACAGGACGAGGAAAAACGCAAACGUGCUGAUCAAAUUCAUCGCUUCCAUGUAGCGGAACGGUUCAAGAACCAGGACACCAACAGACGGUUCGCAAUCAGCCAGAAAUAUAAGAAAGAUGAUGAAACUACAAAACUGCGCAACAUUCUCUAUGGCCAGCGAGAUGAGUUCCUGCAGCGACGCGAAGAUGAGCUAAUGAGAAUCUCCGCCUGCGAAGAUGAUCCUUAUCUGCACGAGGAUGUUGGCUUCUUCGAUGAUGCGGUUAACAUGAUUUCCCAUGCCCGGCAGGGAGGACGUUCCGUAUAUCCCAUGGCCAAGGCAGUUGAAGUUUAUCGUCGCAAAAAUAACAUUGAUAUGGAACCCGAGGGUCGAAUGGUGCGUCGAAGCAAACUGCGCGAUUAUUGCUGGCCAGGAUUUCACUCCAAGGCGGAUUUGGCCUAUAGAAAGUAUGAUCAGCGGGAGGAGUGUCGCCAGCGACAGGAGAACAAUCGUCAUGGCAUCUUUGCCAAGUGUAUUAAAAUCACAAAAAUGGCUGCCGAGGAGAAACCAUAUAAGAAAUGUCCAAUGGAGUGUCCAGUCAAGUGUUUCCAGCAUUGCGGACUGCCUGCAAUCGACGAUGUCGAUUCCUUCGAUUGUGGCAGCAAUGUGUGCUACGAGGACGAUCCUCCACCAAUUCCCUGUACAAGUAAUACCCAGGGUAUCAAAUUAUGAUUAAGAUUUAGCUCUUAACAAGUAAAUACUUAACAAACGACAAAAAAAUACUAAUAAUUCAUACUUUUAAACUUUUACAACCAAAAAUAUGCAGAGUCUAGAAAGAGAAGGAAAAGCAAUCAAAACAGAAUUCUUCACUCAACCAAUUGAUGUUUGAUAUGAAGGACCUGCGAGUCCUUAGCUACAGUUAUGUCUCCAAUGGAGCUAUCAAAUAAUAUGACAAUUAACUAAAGAUUAAUUUUCCUCGA